CGUGUGUAGUCAGACCAUCUAUUUCGGUGUGUUACAUAUACAUUAAAGUCGACCAAGCUGCCAUACAACAUUCGGCAUUAUUCCGUAGUAGUGGGACUUCUGAACCCAUGAUGGAUGCACUAGUCAAUCAGAGAAGCUGAGCGCUUGGGCUCUUGUUCAGGGUCAUGGGGCAUGACGGCAGAUACGAAGCCCUCCACCAAAGAUCAGCAACAGGCAAGACCCAAACCCCACAGACCAACACGAGGUUUCUAGUGCUACGUGAUGCCUUUGCUCCGGGUCCGCUCCGGACUUGGCUCUCUAUUUACACGCCUGUGGAUCAUGGCAGUUGGGGAAGAGGUUGGGGGUUUUUUUUGGUUGUCCCUGGAGAAGAGGGAGGGUCUAGAAUCUGAGUGUUGUCUUACAACCUGCUAUGAUGUGUUUACUAUGUGCUUAGCGCUUAGCGAGACAUUCUUACAUAUCAUAGGUACAGGCUGCUUUUAUCUUGCUACCCGAAAUCAAGGCGCUAAACAGUUGGGAUGAGAGAGAAAAUAGAGCUUGUGCCAUAGGUUUUAGGUAAGCACUACAUACUGUAUGUGCGAGACAUCCACGCACGCCAAUAUGCGUUGUGCAGCCCUACAUUCAUUCGUAUUUCUUCUUCCUUGUACACCCAACGUACAAGUGAGAAGCUGGGGAUCAUAGCCUGGCUCCACAGGUUAAGUAGACUAGCUGCUUAGAUGGGGUACUGUGAUGUAGUAUGAUGGUCGGUAUAUGGGCCUGGCCAUUCGUUGGGCUCCUCUAAUCGCGAUUCGCAAGGAUACAUACCAAGGUUAGGUCACAACUUUCUACAUAUCCCUGACUAUGGCCUCAAUACCUAGGCUGCGCUGCGGUGUAAAUACGAGGAAACGGGGCGGUCUGGUCUAAGACAGAACAAGACAGUCCCGUGUUGAAUAUACGGGAAGCGGAGCGAGAACAAAGAUCCGUGCUCUAUACCCUCUUUGUACAUUGCCUGCCACUCUGACUGGGUCUUGGCUGACGCUGCGCCGAUGAGCCUCGGGAAGAUGGCGUGGUGUAGCGUGGUGUAUGUUCAUAGUCUCACGUUCAACUC